AUGCAUAUCCUUUUUCCGGUUCCUAUUAAACGUGGUGAGCUUACAAAGAAUCCGUUUGGUAUUACGAUGGAUUUAGUGCGACCAGUUGUGGACAUAGCUCUGGAAAAAGUAUACCACAACAAAUUGGUACCAAAAGGUUCCUUACGGUUGCAUUUCAAGGAUACUCGCUUAUCAGAUGCAGACGGUCCUAAUGUUGCAAUCAGUCAAUUGGUGACAGCUAAACUAGACUGUAUUAUUGGAUAUGCUUUUGUUAAUGCCUUAAAAUCGGUAGCCCGAAUGUCACCGUAUUGGAAAAGUGCUACAAAUAAUGGUAUUCCGGUAAUUACAACAGUUGGCCUAACAAGCAACUUGGAUAACAAACAAGAAUAUAAAUUGUUAACUCGUAUUAUUAGUCCAUAUAAAAUACUUACUAAAGCAAUUCGCAUGAUUUUUGAUCGGAUGAAUUGGCUUACAGUUGCAUAUAUUUUUCGUGAACAGCGAUACGGUAGUUCUAAAAUCAGUAAUAUACCGUAUGGUGAAUGCUACCUGCAAAUAGCAUCGCUUCAGGUACGGUACUAUCAAAUGGAUCAUAAUUAUUUUAUGUUCAAUGAAUUAAAAUUCAAUCAUAUGCAAAUGUUCGACAUUUUAAUGGAAGCAAGCAAAUUAGCUAACGCUGUGGUAUGA